CGAUCACGGAUCCGGCUGUAGCCAGUGUGGCCAGUGUGUGUAAAGUCAGUGGUCGUGCGCGCGUGUCCCAGGAGCCUCCACAUCGGAGAUCAAGAUGCGGAUACUUCUGCUGUGUGCCUUUUUGGGGGCAUGUGUUGCCCGAGAAGAUGACUGGCAGCCAAUAGUUCCAGAAUCAUCGAUUGCCUAUUCCACAUAUGUGAAAUCUCCGGAUAGAUCGAUAGAAAGUCGUUCUUCAUUUAAAAUAAUAAACAGACGGCCGCCCCAAAAGUACGUGUUGAAACCAACCGGCCUAAUCAACGUUGCACCAGCCCUUGAGCAAGAAACAUGCAGUGCAUAUAAAGUUUCCAUGAACCAAGAACUGGACUAUCAGUAUUUGGAGUACGUAAGCGACUUGGCGGACUUGAAAGAGUUCACGCUGUGUAUGUGGACAAAAUUUCACAAUCAUUCAGACGAUCAUCCGCUCUUCUCUUACGCGGUUCACAAUAGUCCAAAAGAGAUAGCAGCUUGGAUAUCCAACACCAACGAAGCAAGUUACUUCAGUUUAGCUGUUCAUGGGCAGACUUUCUUCAGACUCAACUAUCCAUUGAAACUAAACACAUGGUACCACUCGUGUCAAUCAUGGAACGGGAAGACUGGCGAGUGGCAGAUUUGGGUGAACGCUGAGAGAGUGGGACGAGGCUUCCACAACAGGCUUGUCGGUCAUAUUAUAAAAGGCGGAGGUGUCGCUGUGACUGGACAAGAUCAAUCUUUGUUGUACAAUAAAGAUGGUUUACAGCCCGUCAUCAAGGAAUCCGGCUUCAUGGGGGAGAUAACAAUGCUACAAUUGUACCACGUCGCCUUGACAGCAGGCAAAGCCCACAAAGAUCAUAAGCACCACCACGCUCAUCAUUUUAAACAUGACGGCACGCCGGUGGAGUCUUCGACAGAACCGAUCACUGAACCGCCACCACCCCAAGCUACUCCCAUCGGAAACGGCAACUUUUUGAUCGGAGGACAGAUACAAAAAGCUCCCAACUUGAACUUGGCUGGUGUACAACAACAAAUGAUCUCCGUGCAAUUGUCCAACGGUAUUCAAAUUCAACAGCCGUACAUCAACGGACAGUUGGGUAACAGGAUAUUGUCCGAACAACUUAUUAACAGCAUCCAGCAAAUACCUAGUAGUGACCAAUCUGGAGCUGUUCAGCUUCCGUUACUGACCAUACCAGUAGGACAAUCUUCAAGACCAGCUACACAGUACGUCCAAGCUCAAUCACUAGGCCCAUCUAAAGGCACUACUGUAUUACUAUCAGGGUCUUUAUUGAAUCCAGCUAAUGUGCAAUAUAUCGAUGACUCAGUUUCACACAACAUUUAUAAGAGGCAAUCCAAAAAGCGUGAUAAAAGGGACAACCCUGAGAAGGAAUUGGAGCAGGAAACUAAAUCAGCAAAGAAAGACAAGCGGGGUCUGGUAGCUUUAUCCGAUGGUUCCAUCGUCGACGAAGCACUACUGAGUCCUGAACUGGGAAAUGACGAAAAGGAAGACGAAUUGUUCCAAGACUCUCUCCUGAAAGGACUCGCUGGUGUUGUUGGAAAUCUACCGGUGCAAAAUUUACAGAAACAAACGGGUGAUGAAAGAGAACCAGCAGAAGCCGAGGUAAAGGCUGUCAUGCAAGUUUGCAGCGGUUGCGCACCGGAGCCAUUCCAGAAGGCACUUAUCCUCUCAUGGAGGUCUACGCCUAAGAAGCUCUACAACGGUGCCCACUAUUACAAGGGUUUGCCUAUCUGCAAAGCGUUCUAACUCUAAUACAUUGUUACCACGACGAUUAACAUUUUGAAUGUGUAAACUAUUUUUAUUAGAAGCUCAAAAGCAACGUUCAUUGCAGAGGAACUUCCAGUUUCCAUGACAGAAAAAAAUUACAUACAUACGACUUGAUUUUUAAAAUAUACUUUAAGCUAAUUUGUAGAUUUAGAAACCGUAGAUUAAUAAGGAUAUUAGUGAAUGUUUUAACUAGCGUCUACGUAAUAGAACAGUAGACAAAAUAGUUGCAUUAAAUUUAUUAUUAUCUAAUGUUACAUUAGAAAUACCUUUAUAAUACACAGAGGCUGCUAGUUUAAACAAAUGUCCAGGAUUGUCGUGAUUAUUUGUUUGUGAAAUUAGUCAUUUACAUUCGAUUAUUAUGAACUUGCCAUUGCGAGUUACGUUAUUUAUUAUAGUCAUAGGUGUCUAUGUUGAAAUGGUUACUUAUAUUGCGUUUUAAUGUUAGUUUUAAGAUCACCUUACCAAUU